AUGGCUGCUGUCUCUAGACUCCUUGGGUUUAAAACAGUGAAACAAUUCUCAAAGUUUCCUAAACUUAAGAAGAAUGGAUUUAAAUCUUUCCAAUUAAAGCUGUAUUCUACGAGUACCUAUGAAGGCGGAAAUAUCAUGAAACAGUUCAAAGAUGAGAAUGGUCUUAACUUAGUUGACGUUUCAAAAGUCUUGGUCAUUGGUUCCGGAGGGUUAUCGAUUGGUCAAGCCGGCGAGUUUGAUUACUCUGGAUCACAGGCAAUCAAAGCACUCAAGGAAGAGAACAAGAAAUCUAUCCUUAUCAAUCCUAACAUUGCAACAAACCAAACUUCUCAUGCAUUAGCGGACGAAGUGUACUACUUACCAGUCACACCUGAAUAUAUCACUUACAUAAUAGAAAGAGAAAAACCAGAUGGUAUUUUACUUACCUUUGGUGGUCAAACCGGUCUCAAUGUUGGUGUCCAAUUGGAUAAACUAGGGAUUCUAAAGAAAUACGGCGUGAAAGUCUUAGGCACUCCGAUUAAAACUUUGGAAACGUCCGAAGAUAGAGAUUUAUUUGCACAAGCUUUAAAAGAAAUCAAUAUUCCUAUUGCUGAGUCUAUUGCUGUGAACACUGUCGACGAUGCAUUGAAAGCUGCCGAGGAAGUUGGUUACCCAAUCAUUGUCAGAUCUGCAUACGCUUUAGGUGGUUUAGGUUCUGGUUUUGCUAAUAAUGAAACCGAAUUAAGAAAUUUGGCCUCUCAAUCUUUGUCAUUAUCUCCUCAAAUUUUGGUUGAAAAGUCCUUGAAAGGAUGGAAGGAAGUCGAAUAUGAAGUUGUUAGAGAUAGAUGCGAUAACUGUAUCACUGUUUGUAACAUGGAAAAUUUUGAUCCAUUGGGUAUCCACACGGGUGAUUCCAUUGUUGUUGCGCCUUCCCAAACAUUAUCAGAUGAGGAAUACCAUAUGUUAAGAUCUGCUGCCAUCAAAAUUAUUAGACAUUUAGGUGUUGUUGGAGAAUGUAACGUCCAAUAUGCCCUACAACCGGAUGGUUUAGACUACAGAGUUAUUGAAGUUAAUGCUAGAUUAUCCAGAUCUUCCGCUUUGGCCUCAAAGGCAACAGGUUAUCCGUUAGCUUAUACUGCUGCUAAAAUUGGUUUGGGAUAUACUUUGCCUCAAUUGCCAAAUCCAGUUACUAAGUCAACUUCUGCAAACUUUGAACCUUCAUUAGACUACAUGGUCACUAAAAUUCCUAGAUGGGAUUUAGCUAAGUUUCAACAUGUUAAUAGAGAUAUUGGAUCUGCCAUGAAAUCAGUUGGUGAAGUCAUGGCAAUUGGUAGGAAUUUUGAAGAAUCUUUCCAGAAGGCAGUCAGACAAGUUGAUCCAUCUUUUGUUGGUUUCCAAGGUGCCGAGUUUGAUAAUCUAGAUGAUGCAUUAGCUAAUCCUACUGACAGAAGAUGGUUAGCUGUUGGUCAAGCACUGUUGAAUGAAGGUUACUCAGUUGAGAAAGUGCAUGAAUUGUCUAAAAUUGACAAAUGGUUCCUUUACAAAUUGAUGAACAUUGUUAAUAUGCAAAAGGAAUUAGAAAGCCUUGGUGAUUUAUCUGCUCUCAGCGAAGAUGUUAUGUCCAGAGCAAAGAAAUUGGGAUUUUCUGAUAAACAAAUUGCACUAGCCGUAAAAUCUGACGAAUUGUCGGUAAGAGCAUUGAGAAAGUCAUUUGGUAUUACCCCUUUUGUUAAGAGAAUUGAUACUUUGGCUGCUGAAUUUCCUGCUUCGACAAACUAUUUAUAUACUACAUACAAUGCUACCAGUCAUGAUGUUGAAUUCAACGACCAAGGUACCAUGGUUUUGGGCUCCGGUGUUUACAGAAUUGGCUCUUCCGUUGAGUUUGACUGGUGUGCAGUUUCCACUGCUAGAGCUUUAAGAAAGGAAGGAAAAAAGACGGUUAUGGUUAACUAUAAUCCUGAGACUGUCUCUACCGAUUUUGACGAAGUUGACAGGUUGUAUUUCGAAGAACUAUCAUUUGAGAGAACUAUGGAUAUUUAUGAAUUGGAAAAUUCAGAGGGUGUUGUUGUUUCUGUUGGUGGUCAACUACCACAAAAUAUUGCACUGAAGUUGCAAAACGCCGGUGCUAAAAUCCUUGGUACCGAUCCUGAAGAUAUCGAUAAGGCAGAAGAUAGACACAAGUUUUCAUCCAUCUUGGAUUCCAUCGAUGUUGAUCAACCAAAAUGGAAAGAGUUAACUUCUAUUGAUGCCGCAGAACAAUUUGCUGACGAAGUUGGUUACCCAGUCUUAGUCAGACCAUCCUAUGUUUUAUCCGGUGCAGCAAUGUCUGUUAUUAGAUCCAAAUCUGAAUUAGAGAGUAAGUUGUUGAAUGCUGCAGAUGUUUCUGCUGAACAUCCAGUUGUUAUUUCCAAAUUCAUUGAAGGUGCUGAAGAGAUUGAUAUUGAUGCUGUUGCUUGUGAGGGUGAGGUUAUGGUUCAUGCUGUAUCUGAGCACGUUGAAAAUGCAGGUAUUCACUCUGGUGAUGCAACGCUAGUUUUACCUCCACAACAUUUGGAACCGGCUAUUAUGUUGAGACUAAAGGAAAUUGCAGAUAAGGUUGCAAAGGCAUGGAAGAUCACUGGUCCGUUCAAUAUGCAAAUCAUCAAAGCCAACAAUCCAGAAACAGGUAUUCCAGAUUUGAAGGUCAUUGAAUGUAACAUCAGAGCAUCUAGAUCAUUCCCAUUUGUUUCCAAGGUUCUAGGGGUGAACUUCAUUGAGGUUGCAACCAGAGCAUUGUUGAAGGAUCCAACAUUGAAGCCAAUUGACUUGAUGAAUAAACACUAUGACUAUGUUGCUACCAAAGUGCCACAGUUUUCCUUUACUAGAUUGGCCGGUGCAGAUCCAUUUCUAGGCGUUGAAAUGUCAUCUACAGGUGAAAUUGCAUGUUUUGGUGCUGAUUUAAUUGAAGCAUAUUGGACAACCAUCCAAGCCACAAUGAACUUCCAUUUACCAUUACCACCAUCGGGUAUUUUGUUUGGUGGCGAUACUAACAACGACAACCUUGGCACUGUUGCACAAAGACUCGAAAAACUGGGAUAUAAAUACUACACUGCCUCUUCACAAGUUGCCGAGUAUUUGAAGAAGUACACCACAGCGGAAAUCAAAACCAUUGAAUUCCCAAAGAACAACAAGAGAGAACUAAGAGAAGUGUUCCAAAAAUACGACAUCAAAGCCGUCUUCAACCUUGCCAGAACGAGAGCAGAUAAUCUACAAGACGAAGAUUACGUGAUGAGAAGAAAUGCAAUUGAUUUUGGCAUUCCGUUAUUCAACGAGCCAAAAACGGCACUACUAUUUGCAGAGUGCCUGAAGGAGAAACUCCCUGGUAGAAUCAGCGAUUUGUCACAACAGGAGGUUAUUAUCCCCGGCGAAGUCAGAAGGUGGAGUGAGUUCAUUGGCGGCAAACCAGUGUAG